AUGCCGAAACGGAAAGCUCCCACCAAACUCUCUGGCCUUGUUGGCUCAGACGAUGAGGAUUUAAUGCAACUCACUGAAAACGAAAGCGCCCCUUUCCCCGACGCGCGCGAUGAGCCUCCGGUCAAGCGGCGAAGAGGACGACCGCGUAGCUCAAACGAAACUGCGACCGAGUCCAAAACGACGCAAGCGAAGAAACAACAGCAGACAGAUCCAGCAUCUCAAGAUGAGGCUACAGCGGCCAAAAUGCCUGCCCGCCGAGGGAGACCUCGAGGCAGCAGUCGCACAUCCGACAACUCCGCGGGGCAAGCGCGGGCUGCGGUGACCCAAGAGCCGAUGGAGGAAGAUACAAAUGAUCAGGAGAAUGAGGAUCCGAUGGCUACAAAGGAUACGAAGACUACUCGCACUGGGAAGGCCAAGCAAGCUGCGACUGCGACGCGUCGCGGACGAGGCCAAGCAUCCAGCGCGGCGAAGCAGACAGACGGCGAAUUCGAAUACACUCCGACCCGCGCCGCACAAGCACAGCGACCACAGCCCGAACCCGAGGUGGUCGACUCGCAGAUAUACGAGGAGCCUGAGCCCGAAGUAGACGAGUCGGUUCUCCCAGAGCCCUCGACUGCUCGCUAUGUGUCAUCGUCUGUCGUGAAGAAUGCGCGGGCCCGAAUGGCCUCGGUACACAAUACGCAAAGUGUUUCACCACGUAAGCGAAACUCUGGAGUUGAGGCAGAGCAGGGUGGUGAUCCAGAACUGAGACGUAGGAUUGGCGAUCUUACCAAGAAGCACGAUGGAUUGGAGACCAAGUAUCGCAAUCUUCGCGAGAUUGGCAUUGUAGAGGCCAACACGAACAUGGAAAAACUGCGCAAGCAAUGUGAGAGUAUUACCAUUGCAUCGAAUGAAUUGGUCGCUUCGCUCAGAUCCGAAUUAGAGGCACAGCGAGCACUUGGACAGCAGAGCCGCGGGUUCCAGAAGCAACUCAAGGACCGCGAUGCCGAAAUGGCACGGCUCAAGGCUGAGGCAGAUGAAGCUCGCGCUCAGCUUUCUGCGACGCAAUCCGAGGUCAAGGCCCUGCAGACCAAGCUUGCUGCUGCACGCAACACAGCAGCAAGCCUUGAGAGCAUCGCCAAGGUCCCGGGAAGUGCUAUCAAGGGCGGUGCUAAUCGCGCCACCGCUGCAGUGACUGCAGAGGCCGCACAGGCGGCCCAGCUCGCAGCGCUGAAGGAAGAGCUGUAUACCGACUUGACCGGAUUGAUUAUUCGAGAUGUCAAGAAUAGGGAGACAGAUGAUCUGUAUGAUUGCAUCCAGACUGGAGUCAACGGAACACUGCACUUCAAGCUGGCCAUCCCCAAGGUCUCUUCGGCGGAAUACGAGUCUGCGGAAUUCCAGUACUUACCCUUGCUGGAUGCCAACCAUGAUCGCGACUUGGUGAACAUCCUUCCCAAAUUCUUGACGUGGGAUAUCACCUUCAGUCGGGGGCAGGCGUCUAAGUUCUAUACCCGGGUGAUUGAUGCCCUGACGAAGCGACGCUCGAGCUCAGCACAGGAGUAG